AUGGUGGACGUGGGCAGUACGUGCUGGGGGCCGGAGGAACUGGAACAUGAAGAGCAGGAGCAGAAGGAGGAGGAGCAGCAUGCUGCGGCCACCGCCACGGCAUGGCGACAGAUCAGCAAGGGCAGGCCGGAGAUAGCCUGCAGCAUGGGCUGUCGCAGCUCAAAGCAGGACGACUAUGCCGCCAAAAAGGAGGCGAAAGCCGAGAAGAAGGGGCACAAGGAAGAAAACACAGGCUUUCAGCAGAACAUGUCCUUCUUGCAAAAAGUCAACCUCUUCAAGCGGUUGCCCAAGGAUCAACACCCGCUUUUGGCCGCCAAUGUGAUUCCGACGAACUACAAAGCCGGACAGGUCGUUAUUGCGCAGGGUGAUCCAGGAUCGGAGUUCUUUGUCAUCAAGUCCGGAACGGCCACCGUCUCCAUCGCCCAGGAGGAACAGUCGGCCCAGCAGGUGGCCACACUAACUUCGGGCGACUACUUCGGCGAGGCGGCGCUACUCCGAGAUGAGCCGCGGACCGCGACAAUCACCGCCGCCACGAACUUGAGUACCCUCAAGUUGACCAGAGAGAAGUUCCGCGAGCUCGGGUUGCACGAGAAGCUGCAUUUCGCCAAUCGCAAGGCCGUCGGUGCUGGCAAGACGGCGCCGGUGGAGAAGAAGGAGAGAGCCGAAAAGGACGACGACGAGAAAGAAUUGAUGAGGAGGGCAUUGCUAAGCAAUGAAAGCUUGAACUCGAUGGUCGUCUUAGAUGACCAGCGUGUGAAGGAUAUCGUCGAUGUGGCGUGGAAAGAGGAGGUCCAGGAAGAUCAGGUCGUCAUCAAGGCCUGGCCGCUUUGUUUAGUCUACGGCAGAAAGUAA